AUGUCUCAGAAUCAACGAGAGGCUUGGGAGCGCGUGCAGCUCAUGUUGCAAAAGCGCAAGGGCGGUUUCCCCGGAGGUGGUGGUCGUGGCAGCUUUGGUCUGGCCGGUACUCUCAUCCUGCUUGGUGUCGGUACCUGGGCAGCUUCCAACUCUCUUUUCAACGUUGAUGGUGGUCACCGUGCUAUCAAGUACUCGCGAGUAAGUGGUGUGCGGAAGGAGAUCUACGCCGAAGGAACCCACAUUCAGAUUCCCUGGCUCGAGACCCCCAUCAUCUACGAUGUCCGCGCGAAACCGCGCAACAUUGCCUCCUUGACCGGCACCAAGGAUUUGCAGAUGGUCAACAUCACCUGCCACCCCGUGUGGACGCACUGCCAGAUCUGCCGUACCCUCGGUCAAGACUUUGACGAGCGUGUGCUUCCCUCAAUUGUUAACGAGGUCCUGAAGAGCGUUGUGGCUCAGUUCAACGCCAGCCAGCUGAUUACCCAACGUGAGAACGUCGCCCGUCUGGUCCGCGAGAACUUGGCUCGCCGUGCCGCUCGCUUCAACAUCGCUCUGGACGAUGUCUCCCUGACUCACCUGACCUUCUCCCCCGAAUUCACCGCCGCUGUCGAGGCCAAGCAAGUGGCCCAGCAGGACGCCCAGCGUGCCGCCUUCCUGGUCGACAAGGCCCGCCAAGAGAAGCAGGCCUUCAUUGUCCGCGCCCAGGGUGAGGCCCGCUCCGCCGAGCUGAUUGGUGACGCUAUCAAGAAGAGCAAGAGUUAUAUUGAGCUGCGCAAGAUCGAGAACGCCCGCCAGAUCGCCCAGAUCAUCCAGGAGAACGGCGGCAAGAACAAGCUGUACCUGGAUAACGAGGGUCUCGGCCUGAACGUCAACUCGGGGAGCGAUGAGAACAAAUAA